GGCGGCUCGAUGGGUUUCUGAACACCUUCAGCGCUGAGAGGGGCAGCCCCUCAUCCACACAGGGCAGAAUGGCUCAGGAUAUGACAGAGAAGGAACUGUUGAAAAUGGAACUGGAUCAGCUGAAGAAGGAGGUGAAGAACGAGAGGCAAAUGGUUUCCAAGACAGGCAAAGAGCUCAAGGAGUACAUCGAAUCCAUGGCAGGAGAGGACCCGCUGUUGAAAGGUGUCCCUGAGGACAAGAACCCCUUUAAGGAGAAGGGCGGCUGUACGAUAAGCUGACAUCCUUCCUCCUCCUGCACCGCCCUGCUUGGGCACAGAGCCAUUCCCAUGCUCAAGCCAAGACUGUCAGAAACCUGCUUUCCCUAUAGUCUGACCUCAGCACCGGGGAGUCCCAAAAUUCAGUGUAGUCGCAUCUGAAGUAGCAGCAGAAAAAGAACUAAUAGAGGGGAAAAAAAGGAAACAAAAAAAUAGCCCUCUGAUCGCAGAGAUGAGGAGCAGCAGAUGGAGCAGAGCCGUGUUUGUGUGCUCCCACCACUGACUUACGGUUGGUGGCCGGCAAGCAAAAGUUCUGUGUUUUCAGCAGGCAGCAGCAAAGCGGGCUUUAAUGGCACGGGUAGGGCUGGGAAUAGGUACGGCCGUUACCUGUCGGAAUAGGGGGGUGUAGGGCUGUACUGAGACACGUAGGGCUGCACCUGGACUCCCAACUUCUCCAGGCAGCCCAGAGCUGAGCUGAGCCCUCCAUCCCCGCCCACUGCAGUGAAGCAUCCCGGUGGGACCCCGCUGACGUUAUCGCCUAUCAGUGCCUCGGUUCCCCACCUGGCACAGGCGGACAAACGCACUCAGCUGCUCUGAGGCUCCCAGCGGUCCGAAGCUUCCAUCUCCUCGUUCGUAACUCCAACCAUCGCUCACAGAUCGCGCCUCCCACCCGC